AACACGCGAAGCUGCGAACUCAUUUCCCGCACUUAUAUUCCACGUUCUUGUCGGUAACAAUAAUACUAUACGGAGACGUUUUCCAUUUUAACUUUCUGCAAAUUAGACCGACGUUUUCCAUUUUCUUAAUUUCUGCAAAUUCCAACACAAAUGGGGGUGGAGAAGAGGAAGCGUUUGAAUGACGUUGAAGUUCCCGGCAAGAAGGCCAGGGCGGCGCCGGCGCCGGAAAACGACGGGAAGACCAAUAAUCCGGUGGCGGCGGAAGAGGAGGAGGUGGAGGAGUUCUUUGCCAUCCUGCGGAGGAUACAAGUGGCUGUGAAGUAUUUCGGGAAAGUUAACGGCGAGAGUGGCGGCGGUGGGCGGAAAGCGACGGCGGAGAUGGCGGUUAGGCCGUGGAAUCCAUCUUUCCGACGAGAAGAUUUUGAGGAGAUAGCGGAGGCGCCGGAGACGGUAGUGAAUACGGGUUUGGAUCUUAACACUGAACCGGAUUGCCAACCAACAGACGACAAAAAGCCCGUUUAAACGGAGUGCAGGCGUAUUAGCGAAAGUCAUGUUUUGGAGUGGAGGUGCAUUAGGGGAAGUCACACUCCUAUGUAACUAAUCUUUGAAAAUAGUUACACUCCUACGUAACUAUAUAAGAUAAUAAGAAGUUGAAUCAAGAUGAGGUUGGUCGAAUUUUUCGUACAUUAUUAGUGAAUAAAUGUGAUGCUCACUUAGUAAUUUUGAGGAUAGUAGGGUGAUGAAUAUGGGGUCACUUCUAAGGUUUUGAGUCAUCCACCAAAUCAUUUACAAUGUUGGAUGUUAGUUGUGUAUCACUUUAAUCUUUUAUGAUCAAGUUCUAGUAGUUGUUA